UCCAGAGUUGCGACAACAGCAGGCGGAGAGGGAGGCCCGCGGCAUACGUGUUUGCCGGGCAUUUCUCAGAACUCCUGCGCCCAAAAGGAAUUGCUGGGGGAAACGCCGUGCGGGGCAGCAUCCUGGCUAUAAACCGAUGCUUUUCGGAAAACGGCAGUUAAAGCACUUCAAGCGCAUGCUGACCCGGGAGCUGACCCACCUCUCCGAGAUGAGCCGCUCCGGGAACCAGGUGUCCGAGUACAUUUCCAACACGUUUCUGGACAAGCAGAACGACGUGGAGAUCCCUUCGCCCACGCAGAAGGACAGAGAGAAGAAGAAAAAACAGCAGCUCAUGACACAGAUCAGUGGAGUGAAAAAAUUAAUGCAUAGUUCAAGCUUAAAUAAUACCAGCAUUUCCCGAUUUGGUGUGAAAACGGAAAAGGAAGACCAUCUGGCCAAGGAGCUGGAAGAUCUGAAUAAGUGGGGUCUCAACAUAUUUAAUGUUGCAAGGUAUUCCCACAACAGGCCCCUCACCUGCAUCAUGUAUGCUAUAUUUCAGGAGAGAGAUCUGCUGAAGACGUUCAAGAUCUCGUCGGACACGUUUGUGACGUACAUGAUGACUUUGGAAGACCACUACCACUCCGACGUAGCGUACCACAACAGCCUGCACGCGGCCGACGUGGCCCAGUCCACCCACGUCCUGCUGUCUACCCCGGCCCUGGAUGCCGUCUUCACUGAUUUGGAAAUCCUUGCUGCAAUUUUUGCAGCUGCAAUUCAUGAUGUGGAUCACCCUGGUGUCUCCAAUCAAUUUCUAAUUAACACAAAUUCGGAGCUAGCCCUGAUGUACAACGACGAGUCUGUUUUGGAGAACCACCAUCUUGCCGUGGGUUUCAAACUGCUUCAGGAAGAGCACUGCGACAUCUUCCAGAACCUCACCAAGAAGCAGCGGCAGACCCUGAGGAAGAUGGUGAUCGACAUGGUAUUGGCAACAGAUAUGUCCAAGCACAUGAGCCUGUUAGCUGACCUGAAGACCAUGGUGGAAACGAAGAAGGUGACCAGCUCAGGGGUGCUCCUGCUGGAUAACUACACCGACAGAAUACAGGUUCUCCGAAACAUGGUACAUUGUGCAGACUUGAGUAAUCCCACAAAGUCUCUGGAGUUGUACCGGCAGUGGACGGACAGAAUCAUGGAGGAGUUCUUCCAGCAGGGAGACAAGGAACGUGAAAGAGGAAUGGAAAUCAGUCCAAUGUGUGACAAGCACACAGCGUCAGUGGAAAAAUCGCAGGUGGGAUUCAUCGACUACAUCGUGCACCCGCUGUGGGAGACGUGGGCGGACCUGGUGCAGCCCGACGCGCAGGACAUCCUGGACACUCUGGAAGACAACCGGAACUGGUACCAGAGCAUGAUACCUCAGAGCCCCUCGCCGCCGCUGGAGGAGCGCGGCCGGGACUGCCAGAGCCUCAUGGAGAAGUUCCAGUUCGAACUGACCCUCGAGGAAGAAGAUUCGGAUGGGCCGGAGAGGGAAGGCGAGAGUAUCGGCUAUUUCAGCAAUACCACGACCCUCCGCGUGGCCGACCCGGCGGAAGAAGAGCCUCAGAGGGAGGCUAACAUAGAAAUCGUGACAGAGGACACGUCCCCUGCCGACACAUAAUGUACUGUCCCCGUGUAAGCGGAUUUCAAACACUUAAUGAGCAUGCAAGCAGUCUCGUAGGACUAGCCUGCAGCCUGGGUCUUAGGCCUGUGUCUGACACUGGCUGAAAGAUCUCCCCAGCUACUUGAGAUUGGAGUCAGGGUUCAAGAUCGCGUAGUGAGCGAUUGCUCAGGAACUUAGCAGAUGAUUUACCUUGUGGUUUAAGCCUUGUCCGCGAAAAGCUUGGUGGUGUUCUGGAGCUGGCUUGGCUUGAUACCGAACAGUACACGACACACAACUGAGAGAUUUUAUACCGUUAGGUUUGGGAAUUUAUACCAGUUAGACUGAUAGAAACUACUGAUUAAUAACUCUGCGUAUGAAACCUGUCCACCCGACCACCUGUCUGCAGACCUGUGUGCCUUCUUUGUAAACACUUUCAUGUCUUUUCAAGAGUCUAUUAAGUACACGGAGUUUAGUAUAAAAAGCAACACAAAGUGUUUCCAAAUUGAUGGAUACUUUUCUGAUUCUUCCUGUUAAAAGAAGCAGUCUUCCUUUUUUUCAUGGGCAAUACCUGUCACUUUAUUGCAGUUAAUCCCUUUUGCAGACCGAAUAGAAGGGAUCCCCCCCUGUUUUGCGUUCCCGCACCUUGGAUAGCCUUCUCAGUCCUCCAGCCAACCCGUUUCAAAUCACUUCAUGCCUUUGUGCAUCUCCUCCGUUUGCUUGCUGGAAAUAACAGUAUUUUCUCCUCAACGGGGCUUUAUUUUUGUUGUGCACCGGAUAAAGGGUAGUUCUGUUUUCAUGGCACAAUGCAGUACAAGUAUCAGUAAGCGUAAUAAGGCAGUGUGUGACGCGCGGUCCCCCGCAGCAGCUCCUUCGCUCAGUGGAAGUUGCACGCUCGGAUAUUUGUGUUUCUCCCGCCUGUCGUUCCCCUUCCCUAGGUUUAGGUCCACCGUCCUUCUCCUGCACUGCCGUGAGCUCUAACACCUCCAUUACUGUUUAUAACAGUGUAUUUAUUACGUAAUGUACAUACUGUAAUGUUUUGUAAGUUAUUAAUUUAUAUGAAUUAACAUUGCCUGUCAGCGGUGGUGUUAAUAGUGUCGAAGACUCGGAAUAAGAGUUGCCUUUUUUUCUUGUAACCUUUUUUGUAUUGCAUCAACUAAAAGAACCUGAACAUAGCGGAGGAGACAUACGGACCCCGGGCAGGGCGUUCGGGUGCGC